AGGGUGCCAGUGAUGCCCGGAUCGCCCGUGGAAGUGAAGAUACAGUCCAGGUCCUCUCCUCCCAACAUGCCGCCACUGCCCCCCGUGAACCCCGGCGGCCCCCGCCCGGUGUCCUUCACCCCGACUGCACUGCCCAAUGGAAUAAACCAUUCCCCCCCGACGCUGAACGGGGCACCGUCCCCACCCCAGCGGUUUAGCAACGGUCCUUCUUCAUCCUCCUCCUCCUCGCUGACGAACCAGCAGCUCCCGGCCACGUGCGGCGCCCGGCAGCUCAGCAAGCUGAAGCGCUUCCUCACCACCCUGCAGCAGUUCGGCAACGACAUUUCGCCAGAGAUCGGGGAGAAGGUCCGGACCCUCGUCCUGGCGUUAGUGAACUCAACGGUGACGAUCGAGGAAUUUCACUGCAAGCUGCAAGAGGCGACAAACUUUCCCCUCCGGCCGUUUGUGAUCCCCUUUCUGAAGGCCAACCUCCCGCUGCUGCAGAGAGAGCUGCUGCACUGCGCCCGGGCUGCCAAGCAGACGCCCUCCCAGUACCUGGCGCAGCACGAGCACAUCGUGCUGAACACGAACACCACGUCCCCCGCUGACUCCUCCGAGCUGCUCAUCGAGGUGAACGGGAAUGGGAAGAGGCACAGUCCGGACAGAAGGGAAGACAACAGCUUUGAGAGGGAGCCGCUGCCGACGGAGCCUCCGGCCAAGAGGGUGUGCACCAUCAGCCCCGCGCCUCGGCACAGCCCUGCCCUGACAAUCCCCCUGAUGAACCCCGGAGGGCAGUUCCACCCCACCCCACCGCCCCUCCAGCACUACACCUUGGAAGAUAUCGCGACCUCCCACCUCUACAGGGACCCCAGCAAGAUGUUGGAGCACAGAGAGAUUCGGGACAGGCACGGCAGUCUUGGUUUGAAUGGAGGAUACCAGGACGAGCUGGUGGACCACCGCCUAACGGAGAGAGAGUGGGCUGACGAGUGGAAGCAUCUUGAUCACGCACUGAACUGCAUCAUGGAGAUGGUGGAGAAGACCCGGCGCUCCAUGGCCGUGCUGCGGCGCUGUCAGGAGGCCGAUCGGGAAGAGCUCAACUACUGGAAGAGGCGGUGCAGCGAGACGGCCGAGCCGCGGAAGGCAGGCGGCGAGCUCAUCUCCAGGCAGCACAGCCCCAGCAGCUCCGACUCCAUCGGCAGCGAUUCGUUGCGGGAGUUCAGCAGCAGGUCAGGCACGGGCUACGUCACUGAAGAGAUAUGGAAAAAAGCUGAAGAAGCCGUGAACGAGGUGAAGCGCCAGGCCAUGUCGGAGGUGCAGAAAGCGGUGGCGGAGGCUGAGCAGAAGGCGUUUGAGAUGAUUGCCUCCGAGAGGGCUCGGAUGGAGCAGACCAUCGCGGAUGCCAAGCGCCAGGCCACCGAGGAUGCUUUCUUAGUGAUUAAUGAACAGGAGGAGUCUACAGAGAGUUGCUGGAACUGCGGUCGCAAAGCCAGCGAGACCUGCAGCGGCUGCAACAUCGACGGCGUGCGCAGCCCGGCCCUCGAGAAGACUUCGGCCACCACCUCCCGGUCCUCCACCCCGGCAUCCGUGACAGCAAUAGAAACGAACGGACUCUAA